GUUUUGUUCUCUCCUCGUCACUCAACUUUUUUCUCGGCAUUUUUCCUUUUUGGUGCACUGAACGAAAUAGAUCUUAAUUGUUUAGUUCAACUUGACCGGGAUGGAGUCCAAGAAAAAAAGAGGUAGACCCUCAUUUCUUACCGAUAGCACUAAAAAGAGAAGAAUUGAAGAGAGCAAAACUAAACACAACAAAUCAAGGAUAUUUAUAGGUUCAGAAAUCGACCGCUGGAUGAGUUUGAAAACUACAAUUGGCGUAAAAAACCACGUUUCUGUUGCAAAAUAUUUACUGGAUUUGUACUGUAGCAAGGCAGCAAGCAAGACAACGGGCCAAGAUGAAUUCAAAGACAGUGACAGUGACAAAGCCAUGAGUUCUACAAGGAGUUAUGAACAGAAAUCAGGGAAACAUGGCGUAAGAUUUAGCAACAGUAACAACAUUUCGUCAGCCCUGAGAAAAGACACAAAAUCAGCAGACAUUAUUUUCAUCAUUAAAGAUGGCGCUGAAGUAGCUGCUCACAAGACAAUACUUUCUCUAUUUAGUAAAGCAUUGCAAGAGAAUGAAGUUAGAAAGUGAAUUAAUCCAAUACUCAGUGAUGCAACACAAUGUGGUCUUGAUGGUUUCCUU